UUCACACGGAAACCAACGCUAACGACCGAUGUUUGUUAUGCUACAGUUAGCAGUAUGCCUGCUGAACGCAAGCGCUCACUAAACAUGGACGAGAAAGACGUUUGCACCUUCACCAACAAGGACAAGGAGAAGGAGAAGGAGAAGGAGAAGGAGCGAGAUGGGGACAGAAGGCCGCUGUCCGCCCGAGACAAAGCCAAGGACGAGGCCAAGAUGAGCGGCAAAAAAGACGGCAGCAAGGAGGAGAAGAGGAAGCGCAUGGAGGAGGAGAAGAAGAAGAGGGAGGAAAAGGAGCGCAGGAAGAAAGAGGAGGAAAAACAAAAAGCGGAGGAGGAGCAGAAGAAGAAAGAGGAGGAGGAGAAGAGGCAGCAGGAGGAGGAGGAGAGGAGGCUUCAAGAGGAGGAGGCCAAAAGACAACGCGAGGAGGAGGCAGCUCUCCUGAAGGAAAAGGAGGAGGGCCACCAGCUGCACCAGGAGGCCUGGGAGCGCAACCAGUGCAGGAAGGAACUCCGCAGCAGGAACCAGAACGCCCAAGAGGGCCGGCCCGAGGAGGCCUUCUUCAGCCGCCUGGACUCCAGCCUGAAGAAGAACACGGCCUUCGUCAAGAAGCUGCGCACGCUCACCGAGCAGCAGCGCGACUCGCUCUCCCACGACUUCGGCUCGCUGAACCUCAGCAAGUACAUCGGCGAGGCCGUGAGCUCCGUCGUGGAGGCCAAGCUGAAGAUCUCCGACGUGGGCUGCGCCGUCCACCUCUGCUCGCUCUUCCACCAGCGCUACACCGAGUUCGCCCCGCUGCUGCUGCAGGCGUGGAAGAAGCACUUCGAGGCCCGCAAGGAGGACAAGUCGCCCAACGUGAGCAAGCUGCGCACCGACCUGCGCUUCAUCGCCGAGCUCACCAUCGUCGGCCUCUUCACGGACAAGGAGGGGCUGUCGCUGAUUUACGAGCAGCUGAAGAGCAUCAUCGGGUCGGACCGCGACACGCACACCCACGUGUCGGUGGUCAUCAGCUUCUGCAAGCACUGCGGCGACGACAUCGCCGGCCUGACGCCCCGCAAGGUGAAAGCGGCCACGGACAAGUUCGGCCUGGGCUUCCCGCCGAGCGAGAUCAUCACCAUCGAGAAGCAGCAGCCCUUCCAGAACCUCCUGCGGGAGUACUUCACCUCGCUCACCAAGCACCUGAAGAAGGACCACCGCGAGCUGCAGAACACCGAGAGGCAGAACAGGCGGAUCCUCCAUUCCAAAGGGGAGCUGAGCGAGGACCGCCACAAGCAGUACGAAGAGUCCGCCACUUCCUACCAGAAGCUGCUGGCCAACACUCAGUCUCUGGCCGACCUGCUGGACGAGAACAUGCCCGAGCUGCCUCAGGACAAGUCCGUGCAGGAGGAGCACGGCCCCGGCAUUGACAUCUUCACGCCCGGGAAGCCCGGCGAGUACGACCUGGAGGGGGGCAUCUGGGAGGACGAAGACGCCCGCAACUUCUACGAGAACCUGGUGGACCUGAAGGCCUUCGUCCCCGCCAUCCUCUUCAAGGACAACGAGAAGGGCAAAGACAAGGAGGAGGCCAAAGACAAGGACGCGAAGGACGCUGCCAGCACCACCACCACCACGGAGGAGCUGGAGCUGGAGCUGGAGGCUCUGGACAUCGCAGAUGAACCUCUGGAGCUGGAGGGACCCGACGAGGCCGAGAGCGAAGAGCUGGCCAAGAAGCUGCUGGACGAGCAAGAACAAGAGGACGAAGAGGCCAACACCGGGUCCCACUUGAAGCUGAUCGUGGACGCCUUCAUCCAGCAGCUCCCCAACUGCGUCAACAGAGACCUCAUCGACAAGGCCGCCAUGGACUUCUGCAUGAACAUGAACACCAAGUCCAACAGGAGGAAGCUGGUCCGGGCUCUCUUCACCGUGCCCAGGCAGAGGUUGGAUCUCCUGCCCUUCUACUCUCGCCUGGUGGCGACUCUUCACCCGUGCAUGUCGGACGUGGCCGAGGACCUCUGCUCCAUGCUGAAGGGAGACUUCCGCUUCCACAUUCGGAAGAAGGACCAGAUCAACAUCGAGACCAAAAACAAGACGGUCCGGUUCAUCGGGGAACUGGCCAAGUUCAAGAUGUUCUCAAAAACCGACUCGCUCCAUUGUCUCAAGAUGCUGCUGUCUGACUUCACCCAUCACCACAUCGAGAUGGCCUGCACGCUGCUGGAGACCUGCGGCCGCUUCCUCUUCCGCUCCCCCGAGUCUCACCUGCGCACCAGCGUCCUGCUGGAGCAAAUGAUGCGUAAGAAGCAGGCGCAGCAUCUGGACGCCCGCUACGUGACGAUGGUGGAGAACGCCUACUACUACUGCAACCCGCCGCCCAUGGAGAAGACGGUGAGGAAGAAGAGGCCGCCGCUGCACGAGUACAUCCGCAAGCUGCUCUACAAGGACCUGUCCAAGGUCACCACGGAGAAGGUGCUCAGGCAGAUGCGCAAGCUGCCCUGGCAGGACCCCGAGGUGAAGAGCUACCUCAUCUGCUGCAUGGUGAACAUCUGGAACGUCAAGUACAACAGCAUCCACUGCGUGGCCAACCUGCUGGCCGGCCUGGUGGCCUACCAGGAGGACGUGGGCAUCCACGUGGUGGACGGGGUCCUGGAGGACAUCCGGCUGGGCAUGGAGGUCAACCAGCCCAAGUUCAACCAGCGGCGGAUCAGCAGCGGCAAGUUCCUCGGCGAGCUCUACAACUACCGCAUGGUGGAGUCCGCCGUCAUCUUCCGCACCCUCUUCUCCUUCAUCUCCUUCGGGAUCAACCAGGACGGCAGCCCGAGCGCCCUCGACCCGCCGGAGCACCUGUUCCGCAUCCGCCUCGUCUGCACGGUGCUCGACACCUGCGGCCAGUACUUUGACCGCGGCUCCAGCAAGAGGAAGCUGGACUGUUUCCUCAUCUACUUCCAGCGGUACAUCUGGUGGAAGAAGAGCACCGAGGUCUGGACCAAGGACCACCCGUUCCCCAUCGACAUCGACUACAUGAUCAGCGACACCCUGGAGCUGCUGCGGCCCAAGAUGAGGCUCAGCUGCUCCCUGGAGGAGGCCACCAAGCAGGUCACCGACCUGGAGAGGGAGGUGCUCGUCAAACUAGGUCUGGCCAUGCAGAGGGACGGCCGCUCCAGCGCUUUGAGCGAGGAAGACGACGACGCCGACGACGACGAAGAGGGCGGCGCCGAGACCGAAGAGCAGUCGGGCAACGAGAGUGAAAUGAACGAACAGGAAGAGGACGAAGGGUCCGAGAACGAGGAAGAGGAGAGGGAGGAAGAGGAGGAGGAGAACACCGACUACCUGACGGACUCCAAUAAGGAAAAUGAGACCGACGAGGAGAACAAUGAGGUUACCAUCCGCGGCGGUGGACUGAAGCACGUGGCGUGCGCCGAGGACGAGGACUUCAUUCAGGCUCUGGACAAGAUGAUGCUGGAGAACCUGCAGCAGCGCAGCGGCGAGACGGUGAAGGUGCACCAGCUGGACGUGGCCAUCCCCCUGCAGCUGAAGAGCCAGCUGAAGAAGGGCCCCCGAGAGCCGUGCGUCGGCGAGAGCGAGGCGGAGAUCUCCGACACCAUGCAGUUCGUCAUGCUGACGCGCAAAGGCAACAAGCAGCAGUACAAGAUCCUGAACGUGCCGCUGUCCUCCCACCUGGUGGCGAACCACUUCAACCAGCAGCAGGCCGAGCAGGAGGAGCGCAUGAAGAUGAAGAAGCUCACGCUGGACAUCAACGAGCGGCAGGAGCAGGAGGACUACCAGGAGAUGAUGCAGUCCCUCGCGCAGCGUCCGGCUCCGGCCAACACCAACCGGGAGCGCCGGCCUCGCUACCAGCACCCGAAAGGCGCUCCCAACGCCGACCUCAUCUUCAAGACCGGAGGAAGGUGAGACGCGUUCUCUGAAGCGGCCGGGCCCGGCGCUCAAAAAAACAAAAAAACAAACAAAACAAAAACAACAACAGAAACAAACAAACAAACAAACGGCAGAUUGUGCUUUGGAUGGCGACGUGAGGAGGCGGAGCUCGCUGUCUCACGGCGGCGCGCUCCGACCCUCCAGCUCGCUGCUCUUUGAAACGGAGCGGAAAGCGCAAGAAACGAGAGGCGAGACAGGCAAGGGGGGGUGAGACAGGCAGGAGGGGCGAGACAGGCGGGAGAGGUGAGACAGGCAGGAGGGGCGAGACAUGCGGGAGAGAUGAGACAGAAAGGAGAGGCGAGACAGACAGACGGGAAGGGUGAGACAGUCAGGAGGGGCAAGACAGGCAGGAGAGGUGAGACGGGCAGGAGGGGCGAGACAGGCGCGAAGGAGAGGCGAGACAGGCGGGAAGGAGGGGUGAGACAGGAAGGAAGGAGAGGCAAGACAGGCGGGGAGGAGGGGUGAGAUAGGAAGGAAGGAGUGGUGAGACAAGCGGGAAGGAGGGGUGAGACAGGAAGGAAGGAGAGGCGAGACAGGCGGGAAGGAGAGGUGAGACAGGAAGGAAGGAGAGACGAGACAGGCGGGGAGGAGGGGUGAGACAGGAAGGAGAGGUGAGACAGGAAGGACGAGCAGAAGAGACCACGGAGCAGACUAGAGCAGCUCGAGCCCCGAGAUAGUUAGAAACAAACAAACAAACAAACAGAGAAAAGGUUAUUUUUGAGGAGUUCUUGUUUAUAUUUGCACUUUUAACUGAUUGUUGUUUUUUUGUGUUGUUUUUUUAAAAGCUCUGGAUAUAUUUGGUAAAUAAAGAUGACUUGAAGUUUAUACUUUGUUAACAUCAACAGCACCUCGUGUGUCUUUCCUACGACGACACAACAUGAAUGUUUUUGUUUGUUUCCCCCCCACCUUCGAGGAUAUGAUGUCAUAUCCUCUUGGCUUUUUUUCUCCUUCUUUUUUUAAAAAAUCGGUAUAUUUCUUUAAAUAUUUGAAGCGAAGGGAGGCCAGAGGCAGGAAACGGGUGUUUGUGUGUGAUUUGGCUUCAGCAACAGCAAUAAAACCUUUAUAACAAGUAUUGUGUGUCUAACAGAGCCUGAUAUCUCUUCUUCUUCUUCUUGAGCUCCGUUUAAAAACACGCUCUGUUGUUGCUUCAUCACCAUCGACCCGCUCGCUCGAGAACCGAGUGUGGAUUCAUCCGCCGCGAAAAAUAGUCCCUAACGGAUGCACUAUUUGUAUGCUAUUUGUCAGUAGCCGUUUUAACAAUGUAUCACUUUUUUAAGAAUGAAUGUUUUUAAAGGUUCACGGCUCCACGUGUUUGUUUUGGUCUCUUCAUUUGAAUUUUUACGCUCCAGAUUUAAACUUUUUGGCAUGAAAAGUAAAAAAACAAUAUCUACGGAAGCCCCGAGUGGACAAAGUAAGGAAAAUAAAAUCUGGUGACCCAU